CAAGACAGUGUACUCAUCUUGAGGCUUCGACGAGAACAAGAUGCAUUCUAAAGUUGCUUUGGUAGUGUUGGGUUUGGCUGCCGUUGUUGCAGCUGACAGCUUCGAGAGCUUCGAGAGAUAUUCCUACGCUCCACCCAGGCCAAGGGCAAGAUUCUCCUCAGGAUCCGACGAGUCCUACGAGUCCAGCGAGGCUCGCUACAACUUCAAAUGGGCCGUCAACCACGCCCCCUCCCGCAACGACUUUGGACACCAGGAGCAACGCAACGGCGAUGAGACUCAGGGAUCCUACUACGUCCAGCUCCCCGACGGUCGCCUGCAGAAGGUUGCUUACCGCGUCGAUGGUGACGAUGGAUACGUCGCCGAGGUGACCUACUCAGGCGAGGCUCAGUUCCCCGACUCCUUCGAAUCCUACGAGUCCCGUGAGGCUCCCAGGAGGUUCUACUACGGCUCCAACGAGUCCAAGUAAAUCCUGAGACCGAAUUCCUCAAAAUGACACAAGCGGAGCCUCUUCGACUGAUGAAUUCACAGUUCAGACGAUCUGUCUACUGCUGGCAACCACCAGGUGUUGUGUUCUGAUGUUAUUUUAUUUAUUAUUUAUUAAAAAGCAAAGAUAA